AGAGAUCUACUAAUCUUUCAGUUACCCAAGACAAGCGUCAUCACAGGAGAACAGCCCAAGUCGUACAGCAUGAUCGUCUUCAUUUUCCUGGCUAUGGGGCUGUCCUCAGAAAAUGAAUGCACAUAUUUAAGAGAGCAAUGCCUGAGUGGUGAGGAUGGAUGUAAACAGAUAUGGAGAAGAAUGGAAGAUGCCUGCCAUGUUUCAGGUAACCCCUGUGAGAUGAAGGAUUCAUCAAGCUGUAACCUGGGCAUCCAAUCCUUAGUGGAAAGCAAUUUCCAAUUUCAAGCUUGUCUCUGCACUGAUGACCUCUAUUGCACUGUUAACAAACUGCUUGGAAAAAAAUGCAUCAAUGAAUCAGAUAACAUGAGAGAGGAUAAUAAAUUCAAGUGGAAUCUAACUACUCUUCCCUAUCAUGAAAUGAAAGGGAUCCGGUCCUGUUUGGAAGUGGCAGAGAUGUGUGUAGGGGAUGUGGUCUGUAAUGCACAGUUGGCCCCUUACCUUAAAGCUUGCUCAGCAAAUGGAAAUCUGUGUGAUGUGAAACACUGCCAAGCCGCCAUACGGUUCUUCUAUCAAAAUAUGCCUUUUAAUAUUGCCCAGAUGUUGGCUUUUUGUGACUGUGCUCCAUCUGAUAUACCUUGUCAGCAGUCCAAAGAAGCUCUUCACAGCAAGCCAUGUGCAGUGAACAUAGUUCCACCCCUGACUUGCCUCAAUGUAAUUCACAGCUGCCGAAAUGAUGAAUUAUGCAGGAGGCGCUAUCGAACAUUUCAGUCCAAAUGCUGGCAGCGUGUGACUGCAAAGUGCUAUGAAGAUGAGACUUGCAUCAGUAUGUUGGGCAAGGAGGACUUCACUUGCUCAGGAAGUGAUGACUGCAAAGCAGCUUACAUUGGUACCCUUGGGACGGUCCUUCAAGUGCAGUGCACCUGUAGGUCCAUUACACAAAGCGAAGAACCUUUGUGCAAGAUUUUCCAGCAUAUGCUUCAUAGAAGAUCAUGUUUCAAUUAUUCAACUCUGUCCAAUGUCAAAGGCAUUGCAUUGCAUAAAAGUAAACAUACAGAGGAAAUAACUCUAAGUGGAUUUCAUUCCCCCUUCAACAAUGAAGUGAUAUAUGCUGUCGUGUGCAUGACAGUCACCUGUGGAAUCCUCCUGGUUGCGAUCAAGCUGAGAACCUCCAGAAUACCAUGUCAAACCAGAGAUCCCUCACCAGUCCAAAUACCCGGAAGACUCAUGGUUCAUUAA